CGCGUCGAGUGGAGCAGCCAGUCUCGCCUUCUGUCCUUUCACCUCUCACCUCACCUCUUCUCUUCUCUCCUCCCUUCCCUUUCCCGUCUUUUCCGUCUCGUCUUCGUUGCGGCGUUUGUUCACGUAGAGGAGGCAGAAUGCAUCGAGGGAGUAGCAUCGGCACCGGAAGUGGUCCAUGGCCUUCUCAAGGUGUCGAGGACCCUCUCUACGAACAGGACGAAGAAGGUGUUGAUGAGGAAGAGCACAGGGAGCGGCUUCAGGACGCUUCGUCUACCGACAAGCCUACAAGGCCGGCGGGUCCACAGCCGUUGACGGGGAGGAGAAAGACGCUAGGAAACGAGGGAACCAACGACGCCGAGCCGCUUUCAAACUCAAACGGCUUCGACAACCACGAAGCUGGCGGGGCCAGUGGCUCUUCGUCUUCGUCCAAGGUCCCAGCGGCAGGUGCAGGUACGAGGGUAGGGCCAAGACCGGUGCCAAAGUCUUCGUCUUCGCUUCGUCACAUCUCUUCCAAUACACGUAACGUCUCCUUUGGCGUCCCCGCUGUCCACGACACACCCUACGCCGGCGGCGAAGGAAGCGCCGUGCAGAGGCAGCUCAACGCUGACAAGAGGAGGCUAAACAAGGAAGAGCAUGAUAUCGGUCCAGAUGCUGAGGACGACAGCGAAGGCUCGCAGUCAAGCGGUGGCAGCUACGAGGCGGACUUGUAUGGGUCAAUAAGGAAGAGAAAGGAAGGCUCACCCUCUUUGUCCGCAAAUCUCGAACUCAUCGGCAGCGACGAUGACGAAGACUACGGCUUCGACGAUGCCGGAAGAAAUUUCUGGCAGAGCAAACCCUCGAUAGACGUGCAGGGACGGGAAGCAAAUCUAAACGACUCCCUUUUAGGAUUCCCGUAUGACUCGGAGACUCGUGGGCUGGCAGACGUUGAUGCUGGGGAGGGAAACAAUGCGUUCGGCAUGGACCUGGGGCCUCGUCGAAGCGAAGCUAGAAGACGGUUCAGCGAUUCGUCGUCGUCCUUCGCUAUUCCAGGGGACGUAGAUGCGAGCGCAGAGGCUGAUGCGCGGAAACGAGAUCGAUACCUCGCUGCUGAACCUGGCGGGCCUUCGCUGUCUGGUCCCAAGCGUGCGCCGUGGCAUCCAAAAGGGCCAGCAGGAGACGGUAGUCGUGUAAGCCCGCCUCUCCUGGGCCCCACGAGCGGCCUCAUGACACCAGGACCCCAAUUCCCCCAGACUCUUCACACGCCAGUUGGGACACCUCCAGAGCAUACACCCAUCGUGGAGCCCCGGCAACGACUUGAGUGGUACACCAUGCUCGAGUCCGUCCUGGCUUCCGAAGUGCUUCGCUCCGAGACGAAGAGAAUCAACUCUGCUGAUGCGCCCUCGUUGACAAAGGAAAAGCUCAUGUACCAUCGCUGGCUCGACAUUCGCGCCAGUCUCCGCGGUCGAGGCCAUCUUGCCGGCGCAGUCGAGACGGAGGAGAAAAGGCUGGCAAGUGGAUGGCCGAUCAUGGUCCGCGAGGUCAUUGGAGCCAUCAACGAAUGCAGGGGCGUGGCUGAGAAGCGAGGUCUCGAAGUUCAGCAAGCCCACGACGACGCAGAGGCGGCAGCAACGACGGCAGCGGCAGGGUUGAUUGGGAGAGAUCAAGUCGUCCAUGAGGCCAGCCGUGCCGUCGACGACAGCUCUGGCAUCAAGGAGAAGAUUCUCGAUGAGGUCGGUCAGCUCCUCGCGCGUGUUGACAGCGCAGAGGAACAGUUUCCUUCGAUGAAGAAGAUCGUAGAGGUGGUGCCAGAGUGGGGCAGCAAGGCUCUGCAGGACAAGCUCGAGGCGCUGUACAGCUGGUACAAUGUCACUAACAGUCUUCGGCUCCAAAUUGGUGUCUUGCAAAAGUGGACCGGUAGUGACACACUCGAGAUUGCAGGACACCAAGCCCCCAAUCGUCAAGACCCCGAACGGAGCCACAUGGAAUCUGGCCGUCCUCACCAGGGCGUCGGGGGACCACCUGGUGCGGGAGCGCUUGCGGGCAAGGAGAUGGAGGAGAGCACCUUCCUGGAGCGAAUCCUCAAGGAAGACUCGCUUCAAUCAACUUUUGAGAAGCGGACCCUUUCAACGCUCAAUGCGCUCAUUCUCAAGGCCAAGGCAUCGAUCAUCCAGCACCACAAUGCUUUCAGCCGGAUGGCUUUGCCUUCCUUUGAGCCUGAGCUGGUGCAGCUCAUCAAUUUCCCGACUCGCAUCAUGGAGGGGGCUCUCAAGCUUCGGCUCGACUAUGCAGGCAAGCUGCGCGAUCCGAGCGUGCUCAUCAUCGACUCGUUGACCGACGACUUGAGAGCCGCUAUCGCCCUGGCCUGCCGCAUCAAGAUCCAAUACACGAGCAUGAUGAUUCCCGACCCUGCCAAUGGCUGGGAGCUGCCGCCGUGCAUCGGCAUUGGCUACGACGACGUGCUCCGUCAAGCCUUGCGCUUCUUCUUCAAGCUGCUUCAGUUCAAGCUCAAGGGUGCCGUGUACUUUAAAGAGACGGAAGUCUUGGAGCCCGAAUGGCGCUUCCUCAGCACCGCCGUUGAGGUGAUCGAUGGAGGUGAUGUGAUCGUGGCCAAGAGCGUGACCAGAUUCGUCAACCAGCUCUUCAAUCGCAUCGUCGACUACUUUCGGAGGGAGCUCUCUGCGCCAACGACAACGGCAAGGUCCUCGCGCUAUGGCCGUAACCUCGCAGAUGGCCCUCCACGUCGCUUCGACGCCAUUCGCUCCCAGACAAAGGCAGCUGAGAUGGCGCCCCGCGGGCCCUCGACGGCGGGCGACCUCACAAAGGGCAAUGUCCUCGUCACGCUCGAGGAAAAAAUCAAGUGGAUUCACCAGGUAUUCGACAGCGUCCGGAUUCGCAGCCGGAAGCUACUCAGCUUGGCAAGAGAUAUUCGCAAUCGGCUAGAAAACGCGGCAGAGUAUGACCUGAGCAGCCUGCGGCCUUCCCAAGGCGCACCGGAGUCGGACUCAAAUCCAGACUUAUCGACGACAACCGCAACGCCGUCGAAACAGGGCAAUAUGGACCUGACCGAGUUUUUGCAAACGCUCAUCAACGCUGGCUACUUUUUGGUCAUGACAGGCACCUUUGAGGCCGAGGGCACAUACCUCAUUGCCGAACCCAGUCUGCAGGACAAGCCGGAGCUGAUCCAAGAGCUCUUCCUCAAGUGCAUGCGCCGCGUCAAGCCUGCCGAUGAGGACACAGCGCUGGCUGCCGAAGCCAAUGCCAAUGCCCUGCCAGGAGACGAACCUGCACGCGAGAACUUGCGAGACGAUCAGUCGGAGGGCGAGGGUGCUGGUGGGGCUGGGUCGACAAUGGGACUCGAGGAUGAACACCCUCGCUAUCUCUUGCUCUUGAGCCCUCGCGACGCUUUCAUGUGGACGGGACGAAUCAUGUCGCUCAAAUUGCUGAGGAGAAUACCCGUCGAGCUCAAAGAUCGAAGAUUGCGACUGGUUGCUGAUGGUCCUAAGCGAAGGCUGCAGAUGUGCAAAGAGCACCUUUACACCGUCUUUGCCGCUGCUGCGAGGGCUCGAGAGCUCCAAGGUGAAGGUCCGCCACCGCCAGCCUCUACCGCCAAAGCGUCUAAGAAACAAGAAGAGGAAGACGUUGCCAACAGCUUCCCGCUCGAAGUCAUCAGCGAGCACAUGGCCCACAUGAGCUCAGUUCAAUCAGAACUCCGAAGCAUCAACCAGGGCGUCUACCUCUUGUCCGAUACGCUCAUCCGUUCAGCACCCACCAUCCGACGCAAGCUUCGAGGUCGCAAUGGCGACGCAGAGCAAGCUGCGCGAGAACGAAGCCGCUCGUCGUCCGACGGCAUCACCAGUGAUGACCUUCUGAAAGAAUCAUCAAAGGGGGGUGACUGCGACGAGCUCAUUCAGAAUUGCUACAGCAUGGCUUCGGAGCAGGGAUUCCGUGCUCUGCCGUUUAUUGAGUCUGCACGCUUGCAAGGACAGAUGACUCUGGCGCUGGCACGCCUGGCCAUUGAUUGGGUCGCCUUUAUCUGUGACGACUGCGAGCCGACGGAUCGAAAGACGUUCAAGUGGGCAGUGGCUGCGCUGGAGAACGCGAUGCACGUCACACGAGCAGAUGCAAUUCUCAGUUUGAGCGAGCAGGACUUUACGCUGAUGCGGAGCAAGGUCGCCAGCUGCAUUGUCCUCUUGAUAUCUCACUUUGACAUUCUUGGCGCAAGAAGCAGCGUGGCAAAGGCAAAAGAGGAAGAGGAGAGGCUUGAGCGAGAGAAGGCGGAGCGAAACAAGGUGCCGGGGGCGCCUGGAGCAAAGGAGCCCUCAGAAAUGCGGGAGGCGGCGGCCAAAUUGGUGCAGGGCAUGGGUGGUGUUGGUGCCCCUCCAAUGCUGGGCAGAGCCGACAGCGGGAUGCAAGCCACCGAGGAAAGAUGGGUGCAGAAAGUCAUGGAGUGGGACGCGGCCAGGCAGUCCAUCGAAGCCGAACAGCGCCUCAUCGGCAGGGUCCUCGACGAUACCAAGUUCGAGGACCGUGGCUUGCAGAACCUGGCCUCGUCCUCGAGUCGCAUCCAGAUUCGAUGGCAGCAAGGACGCUUCAUCGGCGGCGGCACCUUCGGAACCGUCUACCUGGCUGUCAAUCUCGAUUCAGGCGGCCUUAUGGCGGUCAAAGAGAUCCGCUUCCAGGAUAUUUCCUCGACGCCGGGCUUCUUCAAGCAGAUUAAGGACGAGAUGAGCGUGAUGGAGAUGCUUAGCCACCCCAACAUCGUCGAGUACUAUGGCAUCGAGGUUCACCGCGACAAGGUCUACAUCUUCGAAGAGUAUUGUCAGGGAGGCAGUCUGGCCCAGCUCCUGGAGCACGGUCGCAUCGAAGACGAGACUGUGAUCCAGGUUUACACUCUGCAGAUGCUUGACGGACUCGUCUACCUGCAUUCGAAGGGCGUCGUCCACCGCGACAUCAAGCCGGACAACAUCCUCCUCGAUCACCUGGGCGUCAUCAAAUUUGUCGACUUUGGCGCUGCGAAGGUCUUGGCCAAGAAUCAGCGCACUAUUCAGCGGACACGCAAGCCGGGAGUCGUGGCGCCCAAUGCAAUAAUGGGCCCUGACGGCAAACCUGCGCCGGGAGGUAUGGGCAGCCUGCAGGGCACGCCCAUGUACAUGGCGCCCGAAGUCAUCAAGCCCGAUCCCCAAGGUCACGGCGAGUUUGGCGCCAUGGACGUCUGGAGUUUGGGAUGCGUUGUUUUAGAGUUUGCCACAGGCAGAAGACCCUGGAGCAAUCUCGACAAUGAAUGGGCCAUCAUGUUCCACAUUGGUAUGGCUAACCAACACCCUCCGUUGCCGGAGCCCGGCCAGCUGUCAGAGCUGGGCAUCGAUUUCAUUCGUCAAUGCCUCACUAUCUCACCCGAUCAGAGGCCCUCGGCGGCGAAGAUGAGAGAGCAUCCCUGGAUCCAGAACCUCAUCGAUGUCCUCAACGCCGCUAAUGCGGAGGAAGAGGCAGCGGCGGCGGCAGCCAACAAUAGCAAUAGUGGGAGCAGUAGCAACCUAAACGUCCCUGGUGGAGACAGCGAUGGCUCUCACUUGGCCCACCAACAUCAACAUCACCAUCCCAUCAUACAAGCGGGCGACAACGCUGCUGGCGUCGCAGCCAUGGCCGCGACUCCUGGCACAAGGUCGAUUCACGGCUUCAACUUCCCCAGGCCUUCGGCAACUGCCUCGCUACGGUCAUCAGACCUGGCGAGUGCGAGCAGCCACGAGUCUUCGUCGGUCGCUUGGCAAUCUACAUCCUCCCGCUUGGCACCUCCAGCACCGACGACGGCGGCCACAUCGCUAGAAGCGCCUGCGGAAGAAGAGACGAAGGAGCUCGGGUCGCUCUCUACUUCUGCACCGGCGGACCAGGGAAAGCCAGAGGUGCAUGGGCAGGCUCAUCCUCCAAAGGCGGAUCCAGGACACCCACAUCAUGAACAUCCGGGCUAUGAAGCCCAAGUGGCUGACAUGGCCUACAGAGGGGAGGACAAGCAGACAGACGAGAUACUUGCGCCUGGUCCUCCUGAUCUGGGAAACAAGGCCGACGAGGGCGAGGCUGGCGCGCCCCGCGGUGGAGAGUGAGCACUUUUCCAAAUCUCAUGUGUUUUCUACGACCCAUCUCUCCCUGUGUUUGCGUUUCUUUGUUCUCUUGUGC